AACGUUUUUGCAUCGUUUCCAACACUUUUGAUUUCAUGAAUUCAGACAGCAAUGGCAACGAUAAAGAUGAUACGCGAUAUUAUGCAACGUCAAAAGCGAUUGAACGGCUGAUCAGUAGCUUGAAUCGACGUUUACCUAUCAAUCUUGACUUCUUGACCGUGCCUUGUUGCCAAGCAUCGGUGUGCAUCCGUCGCUUGUGUUUCUCAGCUCCUCUGCUUCCCUUGUCUUUUUACUACGCCGUUGUUACAUGCGAUCCACGUCUCUCUUUAUUGCCGUAUUAGGCGUGGCCUACCCUGCAUGGCGGUGCUGGCACUUGGUCAAACAACAUGAAAACGAGCAGACCAUUGAACAUUUGCAAGAUUGCAAAGGGUGGGUCACCUAUUGGAUAAUUUUUGGGAUAUUACACGUGCUGGAUAACUGGAACCCGCAAUUAUUAUCCAUGUUCCCCAACUACAAUUUGUAUAAAAUUGCGCUGCUUUAUUGGGCCCAAAGUCCACAUUCGAAAGGCGCUUCCAUCCUUCACCGCCACGUUCUCCAAAAACCUGAGCAAUCUACCAACCCUCCUCCCGCACCACACCCCCAACCGUCCCACACUUCUCCUUUUCCACGUAAACCUUCCUUAUAUGAUGCCGAUGACCUCACCUUGACCAUUGAAAGGCGGUCCAUGCGAUUACUGGAUGGCUACAUCCCCAGUCUCGAUUUAUCGGGGAGCAGCCGGAACCACAGUCGACAAAGCAGUGUGAAUGGCCAUAUCGUCACCCCUGAAAAUGAGGAAAUCCAUGAACCUUCCAAAACUGCGCAAUUUCCAAUGGCCAUUAGUGCAGAUGAAGCUACAUGGUGAUGGG